GCAGGCUUGAAGUUUCUUGGUGACAAUAAAGUUUAAGCCGUUAAUUGACUMAUUGUCUUCAUUCAAGACAUCUCGUGAUUGCAAAGAACGCCAUCCAAUGAUACUAAACCAUCAGGAGAGAUAUAGUUAAAAACACAAGACUGCUGGAUCAGAUAUGYCUGGAAUAGCCCAUUAAUAAGGUGUAGGUAGACAAUGGUUAUAGCCAUCCACUCAUGCGUUCGAUUGAACUACAAUGCUACCGACACUUGUCGUUUGUGUACAUUGAAUAUCUAUUGGUGGUAAUACCCCAGCAGUUCUGAUUCAAGUACAAUAACGAGACGCGUGCAUCAUCUACAAACAACACAGUUAGAAGUUGCGAGUGCACGUGUAUACGAAGUGAGACCUAUUCUAAUAAAGCCACUACAUCGAACCAAGGCAAAGCACAGUCAAGUACCACGUCAAGACCUUAACAUACGCUGCUCGUCCGUUAACUGCUCAAAACUCACAACCCGUUACUUACCACAAGUCACAUAUUCCUGAAUUGAGAAGKUUUUUUUCCUGCAAUAAUCAAAAUGCCGAAGUCAUUUCUGCUGAAACGACGGUCCUGUGACAGCUCAGAGGUUGAAGAAAGUUACAACGAGGAAAUCAUGAAAAAUGCUAAAUGCACAUCAACAUUAAUACCAGCAGACGUGCCAAAACCCGCUCAACUUCUUCUGUCAUCAUCCUUACCUUUCUACGAUCAAAGCCCGAUGUUGAAGCUUCUUCCUUACCCGGCAAGCACACUAUCUUACAGCCCUUUUGAUGGAAGCCACAACUGCCUUUUUCAUCCAACUUUGCAUGGGUUAGGUUAUGGAGUUCCGAACUAUGAGAAACCUUUCCUCCACAAGGCGUUCCAGGAUCCUUUAAGAACCUUCCCGCCUCUCCCAAUCCUUCAUAAUAGAGAAAUGGAUUUCCAUCCAUUUCUGUUUCAUCAUGAACAGAAGAAACUUAAAGAAAACCAACUAAACUUUUCAAGCAAAACAAGAGAAUUGUUUCCAGCAUUUCUCGACCAAGACGAUACUGAYUAUCAGCACGAGCCAUUGAAAUGUGAACAGUGUGGGAAAACAUUCAAAACCAAAUACACACUUGCGAUUCACAUGAAGAUGCCGUCACAUACCAAUGCCAGACCGUUUGUAUGUGGAGUUUGUGGAAAGGGAUUCCGUCUGUCAAGCACUCUUUGCAGGCAUAAGAUCAUWCACACAUCCGAGCGCCCACACAAGUGUCACCUCUGUGAUAAAGCGUUCAAUCGGUCAUCGACAUUGAAGACACAUAUUCGAACGCACAGCGAAUCUAAGGAAUAUGUGUGCUCUACCUGCGGCAAGGGAUUCCAUCAAAAAGGCAAUUUGAGAAAUCACAUUCUCAUACACACAGGAGAGAAGCCGUACAAGUGCCGGCUUUGUGAAAAAGCUUUUAAUAAACUUUCCAAUUUGAAAUUCCAUAUGCAUGUCCAUACGGACAACUCUCCAUACCGAUGCAGAUUCUGCAAAGUCUCUUUCACUAGACGAUGUGAUCUGAAAUCCCACAUUGCUAAUGUCCACGAAAAAGACUAAAAGACGACGAACAUUUAUUGAAUUAUAAAAAUAGUAGAAAAAAACACUAUCAAAGGAACAGUWSUAUGAAGUAGUUUAUAUAAUCCAACCKAACUGGUGCCAACUUCAAAUCUUAUUGUUUUAAACGAGUUUGUCACCAGAACAAGACACAGGGUACCAGCAAACCAAAAACGCUUUUUUUGUCAUUUAUUAUAAAGCAGAGUCUAGUUGUAUUAGUUAGUCAAACUAUCGAUGUAUUAAACUGUACAGGAACUGUAAAGAUAUUGUAAUAUAAAACCAAGUUUAUGCCUUUUUUAUAGAUUUUAAUAUUUCGAUAUAUAUUGCCAUUGUCAGACAAUCUUUACAAGAUGAAACAUUCUCGCCUUCUUUUAUUAUUGCAAAGUAAAAUCAUAGAAUUUUUUCCAUUUUAACUUUAUUGAACUGAGCUCUGUCAUACAUUAUUGUAUAUUUUGAAGGGAGUUAGGUAUCCUUAAAUGCCAUUAAGAAUUUAAUAUUAGUAUAUUGUUGUUAUGUCAUUAACACAUUCAUGAAGAAUCAACCGCAAUUGGCAACCGUUUUAGGACUUAGCCAUGCAGUCAAUUAGUCCUGAAAGUCAAUAAAAUUCAAAAAGUGGCUAAAAGGGAUAACAAAAUACCUUUUGUUUCAAAUCUUUUCACCGCGAAAAAAAUUUCGACACGAUUUAGAGCAAAAAGACGUUUGUUUAAGCAAGAAGAUAUAGAUUACUCAGUUGCUUUGUGAACGGAAAUUCUAGCACUUUCAGUGCAAAAAKGUGAAAAAGCAAUUUUGAAAAGCUAUUACAAAAGUUUUGUCAGUUUUGUUUGAACCGCAGUUCUGUGUGUAAACCUCUUAGUUAACGUGAGCUGUACAAACAUCAUGCCAAGCAAAUAAUCUGUAGUUAGCAAUUGGGAGAAAAAUUAACAUCAUUUUGGUGGGCAAAUUUGAAAACUUUAUAUUAAUAAUUUGCCCUCAUGUACGUUGCACACCUGCCAUUGUGUACAUUUCAUUCGUUAUUGAAAUAAACUCGUCAGACAGCAUGUGGUAAUCGAGUCCAGUAUUGGCGGGAAAAUGCAGCGCGCGCGCGUUCAACCUGUU